UCCUGUCAAUGGCGUUUGUUUUGCAGGUGCUUUGGCGAUAAAACGGAAUAAAACGUAGAUUAUCGGUGAAUAAAGGAUGCGGGCGAUACCAAAAUGGGUUGAGAAGAUUCACGACUCCACCGAGAAAAGUGAUGUUGCUAGCAUUCACUCGAUUUGCUACCAUCCGGAAGGUCUGCAGCUGAUUGUCGGUGCAGGUGAUAAGGUACUCGUAUAUGAUCCGAUCGAUGGCAACCUGAUAAACUCGCUCAAGGGUCACAAGGACACCGUGUAUUGUGUGGCGUACGCGAAGGAUGGCAAAAAGUUUGCAUCCGGAAGUGCCGAUAAAACGGUUAUCAUAUGGACCCAAAAGCUGGAAGGAUUGCUGAAGUACUCGCAUAACGAUUCUAUCCAAUGUUUGGCGUUCAACCCAAUCUCGCACCAGUUGGCCUCGUGUGCCGUAUCGGAUUUUUCUUUCUGGUCACCCGAGCAAAAGGCGGUGCAGAAGUACAAGUCCGUCGCCCGCAUUAACGCGUGCGCCUGGACGAACGAUGGGCAGUACAUCGCGCUCGGGUUGGCAAAUGGAACGAUCUCGAUACGCAACAAGGCCGGCGAGGAGAAGAUUAAAAUCGACCGCCCGGGCGGUGUGAACAGUCCGGUGUUCGGGUUGGCCUGGAACCCGCCGGCCACGUCGGGCUCGUCGGACAUUCUGUGCGUGAUCGACUGGAGCCAGAUGCUGUCGUUCUACUCGCUCGGCGGUCAGAUGAUUGGGAAGGAACGAAACUUUGGAUUCGAUCCGCUCUGUCUCACGUUCUUCCCGAACGGCGAGUUUCUUAUUGUGGCUGGCUGCAAUAAAACCCUGCAAUUGUUCACUCGAGAUGGAAUCCGCCUGGGAAUGCUCGGCGAGCAGCACGAUUCGUGGAUAUGGGCCUCGGCUGUGCAUCCGGCGGGGAAUUGUGUGGUUGUCGGCUGCCAAGACGGUACACUGGGAUGUUACAACCUUGCUUUUAACACCGUCCACGCGCUCUACCGCGAGCGUUAUGCCUUCCGAGAGAACAUGUGCGACGUUAUUAUUCAGCACCUCGUGUCCGGCCAGAAGGUCCGCAUCAAAUGUCGCGAUCUGGUGCACAAGAUCGCUAUCUAUCGCAACCGGCUAGCGGUGCAGCUUCCGGAGCGAGUCGUCCUGUACGAACUUAGCUCGGCCGAAAACCAACCGAUGCACUACAAGGUGAAGGAGAAGAUUGCCAAAAAGUUUGACUGUAGCUUGCUGGUCGUGUGCGCCCAACAUCUCGUUCUGUGUCAGGAGAAGAAGCUACAGAGUCUGGACUUUAACGGCACCAUGCAGCGUGAGUGGAUGAUGGACAGCUUCAUCCGGUACAUAAAAGUUACGGGUGGUCCGGCCGGUCGUGAGGGCCUUCUGCUUGGACUGAAAAGUGGGCAAGUGUGGCGUAUUUUCCUCGACAAUUCACUGCCAAUUUUGGUGACAACGGUCUUGUCAUCGGUGCGCUGCCUCGAUUUGAACGCUUCCCGUACGAAGCUGGCCGUGGUGGACGAUGCCGGGAGGCUUGUGGUACGUGAUCUUAUCAACGAUACGAUGCUGUAUCAGGAUGCAAGCGUAAAUUCGGUCGCCUGGAACACACACCUCGAGUCGAUGCUGUGCUAUUCGCACACGACCGGUGGGUUGAGCGUUCGUGUUGGAUCCCUUCCUCCCCGAAGUCCUCAAACGAUGCUGGGAGUUGUAGUUGGAUUGUGUGGGGCAACCGCUUUUUGCCUCCGAGGAAACGUGAUGAGCAACGUGCCACUUGCACUCGGUGCAACCAUGUGGCAGUUUGUAGAAGCGGGACUUUUUGAGGACGCUUAUCAGGUGGCAUGUUUGGGUGUACCAAUGUCUGACUGGGAAGGGCUUGCCCAAGCCGCUCUCGAUGCGCUCAACUACCAGGUCGCCCGUGAUGCUUAUGUAAAGGUGCGAAAUCUACCAUGGCUGGAGCUGAUCAGCGAUUUGCGGGAGCGCCAAAAACGUGGUGAUACGUCCAAAGAAGUCCUACUUGCCGAUACGUAUGCGUUUACGGGCAAGUUUAAGGAAGCUGCCCGUUUGUAUCAGAAAUCAGGCAACAACAGCAAAGCCUUGGCGAUGUACAGCGAUCUGCGUAUGUUCGAUCUGGCGCAGGAGUUCCUCAAGGAAGGUAGCGCCGCUGAUCGCAAGGAGCUUAUCCGACGUCGUGCAGAGUGGGCUUGUUCGGUGCAUGAACCACGAGCUGCCGCUGAGCUGCUACUUUCCGCCGGGGAAUCGGAGCGUGCGAUUGAGAUCGUGGCCGAGCAAGGUUGGGCGGACGUGCUGCUCGAUAUCGGCCGUCGGUUGGCAGCUUCCGAACGUACGCCUCUCGAACUAAUCGCAGGCCAUCUACGGCGCCUCAAAGCACUACCGUUAGCAGCAGAAAUCUAUCGUAAGCUUGGCGAGGAAGAACAGGUUGUUCAGCUGCAUGUGGAAGCGCGCGACUGGCCGGAAGCGUUUCGUUUGGCGGAGCAUUUACCGAAGGUGCUCCCAUCAAUACAUUUCCAGCACGCCCACUGGCUGGCCGAGUCGGAUCAGUUUAUCUCAGCCCACGAGGCGUUCAUACUCGCGGGAAAACCGCACGAAGCGACAAAACUGCUGCGAAACCUGGUGGAAUGUGCCGUUUCGGAGGAACGAUACCUUGACGCCGGGUACUACACGUGGUUGAGGGCGAAGCAAGCUUUGAAACUGCUCGCAGACGGGGCGAACAUGGAGACGCACGAUACGUCAGUUACAGAGUAUCGAUCACUGCUGAAGCUUUCCUCGAUCUAUUACGCGUACAAUACGAUCAACUCGUACCUGAAGGAACCGUUUACGAGCAGCCCGCCGUUGACACUGUUCAACACAAGCCGGUUUGUUGUCAAUCAGAUCAAUGGGACAAUCCCACCGAAAGGAAUCAGUUUGUUUGCCGUUUACUACACCCUUUCCAAGCAAGCAAAGGUACUCGGCGCUAACAAGCUCCAUCUGCAAGUCAACAACAAAUUGCAAUCGUUGAAGGUACCGACCGGUAUCCAGGAACAGGUGGACAUCAGCUACAUCACAAGCCGUGCAUGUCCGGGUGGUUUCAAUGACCCGGAAGAGCUUCUGCCCAUGUGCUACAAAUGCUCCAACUAUAGCCCACAUCUGCACGGCAAUCGAUGUCCCAAUUGCCAGCAGGAGUACGUCUUCUCGUACGUAUCGUUCGAGAUUCUCCCACUGGCAGAGUUUAUGCCGGAGAAUGGAAUAACCGAACAGGAUGCGGAGAGACUUCUGCUGGCCCCGCCUAAGAGUACUAACUAUGGUCAACAGGAUCAAUUUAUACAGGAGGAUAUAAUCGAUACAUACCCAUCGACGCUCGAUCGCGAAGCACUGCGAGCGAUCGAUCCGCGGGAAGUUAUCAUCGUACGAGGACCAGCACCCCUAGCGACGCGCUAUUACCGCAACCUUCUGCCCGAGCUACAGAUUACCGUGUGCUCCGAAUGCAACCAGGUAUUUCACUCUGAGGACUUUGAACUACAGUUUUUGCAGAAGGGCCACUGUCCUUUCUGUCGCACUUCGGACGAGAGUCUUAUGAACUAAGUGUGAUCUCGUACACCAAGGAAACCAUUCCGUCCAGUGUGGAUAUACGUUAGAUUUAAUCAAGUGCACUUAUAAUGUUAGAUGUGCGUGAAUCGUCGCACAAGCUUUAUGGGUUUGAGUGAAACCCAACCUGUUUUCAUCAUUCCAGUUUUACAUUUCACAUAAAGAACGGUACAAAGAUGUUUUAAUUUAAAAUAUUUAUUGAUUGACUCACGCCUAUAUUCAUAACUCAUGCCUUACUGAAAGAUUAGGUUUUAUUCCGUCCGAAACCUUCA